AGCCCCAGGAUGCCGCGCGGGCACUUGCACCUGCCGCCACUAGCAGUGGAGGGAUUCGCAGAGCAGGCCGGGCUUUGCAGUUCAGAUGUGCGCUCCCGGGAUAGGCUGCCCCGGAGAGGGAGAGGCGGGACCGACUUUGUCACGUGGACCCGCUCCAGCCGCCGCCGCCGCCGCCUUCGUCUUUCUCUGUCUUCGCUGAGGUAGCCAUCUUGCUCUUGCCGCGUGCUGGUGUUGGAGGACCCUCCCUGCUUCAGAUUUACCAACAGCAUGAAUCAAGAAAAGUUAGCCAAACUUCAGGCUCAGGUCCGGAUAGGGGGCAAGGGUACAGCUCGCAGAAAGAAGAAGGUGGUACAUAGAACAGCUACAGCUGAUGACAAAAAGCUUCAGAGUUCUCUAAAAAAACUGGCUGUGAAUAAUAUAGCUGGUAUUGAAGAGGUGAACAUGAUUAAAGAUGAUGGGACAGUUAUUCAUUUCAACAAUCCCAAAGUCCAAGCUUCCCUUUCUGCUAACACCUUUGCAAUUACUGGUCAUGCAGAAGCCAAACCAAUCACAGAAAUGCUUCCUGGAAUAUUAAGUCAGCUUGGUGCUGACAGCUUAACAAGCCUUAGGAAGUUAGCUGAACAGUUCCCACGGCAAGUCUUAGACAGUAAAGCACCAAAACCAGAAGACAUUGAUGAGGAGGAUGAUGAUGUUCCAGAUCUUGUAGAAAAUUUUGAUGAGGCAUCAAAGAAUGAAGCUAACUAAAAUUUUGGUCUUUGGAAGCUGGCAUGGACUAGAUUUAACAAAUCAGCUAUGUUGUUCCAAAGUUUCACAGACACGGAGAACAUCACCUGUUACUAGUUACUAGUUCAGUAAUAUAAAUAUUUUGUAUAUUAAUAAUGCUGUUUGUUCAGCAAUUUUUGGUCAUUUGAUUUUGCAUUUUGCACUUCCUCCCAGGAUAUUUUUUUUUGGUCAAAAUAUGAAGUAUUGGUGCAGUUUGAGGGUGUUUUGGUUUUUGAUUCCUGUUUUUUUUGUUUGUUUGUUUGGGGUAUUUUUGGUGUAUGUAUGUUUAUGUAUGUGUGUGGGUAUGUGUGUACACAGUGGAGAGCAAAUUGGAAAACAGUACUAUUUAUCCUACUCCCUCCCCAGCAGAAAUAAAAAAAAUCUUUACAUUUG